CAUAAAGUCCCUGGAUGAUCUGAGAUUAACACCGGCCUCCUUCCCCCACUUCUUCCUCCUGCCACGAUGCUGGACUGGGUGCUGUACAAAGCAGGUCAGCGGACACUGGACCUGAUCGUUUGAAAUAGAAACUUUUGAAGAGACAGCCUAGGCACAAAAGAUAGCAGAGAUCAGAGAAUUACACACAGGAAAACUACCAGAGUUAAAUGCAGUGAUUGAUUCACCAAAUUGUACGGGCUCCAGAUGCUCCUUAGAUUUCACUCCGAGAGCUCCCGAAGCCUUGGGGUCAGCGCUGGAAGCAGGACCCGGGCAGCCAAUGCCCUUUCUCAGAGGAGAGGUGGUACCUUUCUCUCCCACGCCUCCUCCUUUGUCAGAUUCCCUGCCCAGCCCAGCGUCCUGGACCUUUAAGAGGCUGACGGGCUCACCAGUGCUCACCUCCGCCCCGCAAACGUCCUUCCAGUGGCUGAAACUCGGCCAGCCGCAGGGGCUGGAGCAGCCGCCGGAGAGCAGGCGAGGCAGCCAAGCCGGAGGAGAAAGGCGCGGGCAGCGAGAGCUCAGCCUCGCCGAGGGCUUUCAACCCCCGGACCUGGGGCUAUCCCGGCCACGGUGCCAUCUGUGAAGGAGGAUCAUGGCUUCUCCCUUGCACAGCAUCCGGCUGCCUCUGGAUGAUGAUCUGCUGUUGAUGCAGAAUGGGUCUAUACUACGCAAGGUCAAAUCCCGAAGCUGGAAGAAACAGAGAUACUUUAGACUGCAGGAUGAUGGGAUGACUGUUUGGUAUGCCCGGCAGGCUGGUGGAAGAGCCAAACCCAGCUUCUCCAUUUCAGAUGUGGAGACAGUGCGAGAAGGCCAUGAAUCAGAACUGUUGCGGAGCCUUGCUGAUGAAAUCCCUUUAGAGCAUGGCUUUACAGUUGUUUUCCACGGGCGCCGUCCCAACCUGGACCUGGUGGCCAGCAGCAUUGAAGAGGCACAGAGCUGGGUGCAAGGGCUUCGGCGCCUGCUGGAGAUUAUCACCAGCAUGGACCAGCAGGAGAAGAUGGACCAAUGGCUGAGUGAUUGGUUUCAGCAGGGAGACAAAGACCAGGAUGGGAGAAUGAGUUUCCGGGAAGUACAACGAUUGCUCCGGUUGAUGAAUGUAGAUAUGGACCCUGAGCAUGCUCUGCAGCUCUUCCAGGCCGCAGACAAAUCAGAGUCAGGGAUGUUGGAAGGAGAAGAAUUUGUAGAGUUCUAUCGGGCCCUGACCCAGCGCUCAGAGAUACUGGAGCUGUUUGAAAUCCUCUCUGGAGAUGGCCAGAAGCUGACGCUGCUGGAGUUUGCAGAUUUCCUUCGGGAAGAGCAGAGAGAGGGAGAGCAUGCUUCUGACCUUGCCUUGGAAUUGAUUGCUCGCUAUGAGCCAUCAGACAGUGCCAAACUGCGGCACGUCCUGACCAUCGAUGGUUUUCUCGCAUACCUCUGUUCCCCGGAUGGAGAUAUCUUCUCUCCAGCUUGCCGCCCUGUCUACCAGGACAUGAGCUACCCGCUGAAUCAUUACUUCAUUCACUCCUCACACAACACUUACCUGCUGGGGGACCAGUUUCGAGGACAGAGCAGUGUGGAAGGCUACAUACGGGCUCUCAAGCGUGGAUGUCGCUGUGUGGAAGUGGACGUAUGGGAUGGACCCAGUGGGGAACCGAUUGUUUACCACGGACACACACUGACUUCUCGGAUCCCCUUCCAAGAUGUCGUGGCCACCAUUGCCCAGUACGCCUUCCAGACAUCAGACUUCCCAGUCAUAGUGUCCCUUGAGAAUCACUGCAGCUGGGAACAACAAGAGGUCAUUGCUCAGCACCUGACAGAGAUCCUGGGAGACCGACUGCUUAAUACUACCUUGGAUGGGCUCCUGCCCACCCAACUGCCAUCACCGGAGGAACUUCGAGGGAAGAUUCUCCUCAAGGGGAAGAAGAUGGGGACAUUGGAAGAGGAGCUUGGGGAGGCUCCGGGGGAACCUGAGGAGCUGGAAGAGCCUGAAGAAGAGGAAGAGCCUGAGCCAGAACUGGAGCCCGAUGUGUUGGAUUUUGAUGAGACAGCCCGAAAUGAGGACAAGAGGAAAAAGAAAGUGGGACUUGAGGUUGUGUCCUGUCGGCUGUUGUGUCCGUCUGCGUGUUGUCAGACUGGGCCCCAGGCCCUUGGCCCCAUGUCUGGGUCCCCUCUCCUGCCCAAGCAGAAAUCCAAGACCACCCUGUGUCCAGCCCUGUCGGCCCUAGUUGUCUAUAUGAAGAGCGUCCCAUUUCGAAGUUUUGCACACUCGAAGGCUCACUACCGCCUCUACGAGACAUCGUCCUUCUCUGAGACAAAGGCCCGGCGCCUGGUCAAGGAGGCUGGGAACGAAUUUGUGCAACACAACGCGUGGCAGCUGAGCCGAGUGUAUCCCAGUGGUCUGAGGACAGAUUCCUCCAAUUACAGCCCUCAGGAGCUUUGGAACGCAGGCUGCCAGAUGGUGGCCCUGAACAUUCAGACUGCAGGGCUGGAGAUGGAUCUUUGUGAUGGGCUUUUCAGUCAGAAUGGCAGCUGUGGCUACGUGCUGAAGCCAGCUUUCCUGUGUGACCCCCAAAGUUCCUUUCACCCCGAGAGACCCCCCAGUCCCACUCUGACUCUUCUCAUUCAGGUGAUCAGUGGUCAGCAGCUACCCAAAGUGGCCAACAGCAAAGAGGGCUCAAUUGUGGAUCCCCUGGUGAGGGUGGAAAUCUACGGCGUGCCCGGAGACACGGCGCGGCAAGAGACCAGCUAUGUGGAGAACAAUGGUUUUAAUCCAUACUGGGGGCAGACACUGCAGUUCCGAGUGCGAGUGCCGGAGCUAGCCCUGCUGCGGUUUGUGGUGGAGGACUAUGACAGGGCCUCGAGAAAUGACUUUGUGGGUCAGUACACACUGCCUUGGACCUGUGUCCAACAAGGUUACCGUCACAUACAUCUUCUCUCUAAGGAUGGGACGAGCCUCCACCCCGCCUCCAUCUUUGUGCACAUCCAGAUCCGGGAAGAGCUGGAUGAGGACGGAGACUGAGUGAGAGGCACCAGCAGAACUUCGGGUCUCGGCUUCCUUGGGCCUUUUGCAUCUUUCCCGUUUCCUGUCACAUCACCAGAAUCCCCAUCCUCUUCUUUUUCUCCCUGGAAGCUGCUCCUUUUGUUGUAGUCUCCACCCUGGUCCAGUUCUAAGAUUCUCGCUCUCACCCUGGGGCAAAGGCUGCUGCAGCCCAGAGAGGAAGAGGAGGCCAGAAGGAGUCCCUGGAUUUUUGAGGCAGGGCUCUGCAUCCUUUGCCAUAAGGAUGGUGCUAAGGAAGAGAAAAAGCUGGGACCCCUGUGGGGUCAGAGGCUGUGAGACAGCAUUGUGUCUGACUUCUGAAGAGUAACCUUUAGGGCCUCUCUUGGAUCUUCUGAGGCCUUUCUAUACCAAACAUGGCUCUCCGCUCCCUCCCCCACCUCAUCCCCGAUUCAGUCUAGGAUGCAGCUCAUCCUUGUUUUGGAGUAGGAUAGGAAGAGAAGAAAAAGGUAUUAAAGGGCCCCAGCAGUGAAGAAGGGCAGGGUCCAACUUUGCUGGGAGAUGGGGAGAGAAGGUAAGAUAAAGGAAACAAAGAUGCUGAGCAAGAAGUAGGAAAGCACCCUAAUCGGGUGGAUGGCACCGAAGGAAGAGGAAGAAAGAAUGAGGUAAAAGGCCUGAAGCUAGAUCUUACCUAAGGCUCCUGGAGCAUGGAGGAAGACCCUGGAUGGGCCAUAAACUCCAGAGCCCUUUUUCCCCAGCAGGGUCUUUGCCCUUCAGCUCCUGAAAGCUGCUGGUCAGCUUCUGGGCAUGUCUCAGGGCUUGGGAUUCCAGAGGAAAUACAACUGUUUAUCUGCAUGAGGCUUCCCCGCUUGCUAAAACCCACGUUAGCCAAGUCUUUCUCAGAGCUGGGGUGAAAGGCAUGAGUAAAGCAGGGAGACAGGGAUCAGGCACAAGGACAUGAGUCAAGGCUUGCAUCAGUUUGUAUCUGACACUAAACUCCCGUUUCAAUGGGGUAGGAAAGGGUUCAGAGAACAGUUUGAGAAGGAAGAGCAGCAUAAAGUGCCAGUUUGGUUAAGAUAUGUUAAGGAAAAAAAAGGCAGCCAUGAAUCCAAAGCUAGAGAUCACAUCCUGUUUAAGUUGCUUUGUACAAAGUAUAUGCCAUUAGAUGCUUAAUAAAGAUAUCUUGACGAUGAUGGAAUAGAGAAAGACAUGACAAGUAAGAAGAAAAGGCCUUUAAAGAAUUAAUAAAAUCCAAACCCCUGAAUUUGGGAUUUCUACAGGAAAUCUUAGGGAUCCUGAGCACUAAAAACACCCCAGGUAUGACAAGAGUCAUACUCUGAUCAGUCAUUUUUACCCAGCUAUACAUUUCAUGGUACCCUAUGCACAGUUCCAGGAGGGCGUCCAGCCUC